CCGGAACGUAGUGGUUAAGAUCUCUUUGUGGUUGCCUAGCAACCUUCAAAUAGCACAACAACAAAUAAUACAAAGUUGGUUUGGUUUGAAAAUAAGAAAUAAUUGCUUGAUAAAAAUUAUUGCAAUUUAAAUCGAAUAUUUGAUAAAAUAAUUAUGGAAUAGAUUCACGGUUACAAAAUGUCUUCUAUGUCUAGUACUAAAGAUGCAAGAUCGUGUCAAUCUAUUAGUAACAAUGAGUUUCUUUUAUUAGAAAAGACCUGUGAGGCACUUAAGGAUAGCGACGAAGAAAUUAAGCUUUUAUUUAACGAAAUAAAUAAGUUGUCUAACAACAAGGACCUUGGAAUUGAAAAUGAGGAUGAUAUAGAAUUGAUUUUGAAGAGAGCAGAGGAUAUUGCUCAUGAAACGAAGAAUCUGCUUAAGAGUCCAAUAUCAAAUUCUUAUAAAGGAGAAACUAUUCCAGAAAUAAAAGUAUUUACGCCAGAUGAAGGACAAGCUAUUAAAGAAGUAUCUGCGACACAUGUGCACAAAAAGGACAGUCACGUGGCUAAACAAACCGGAAAAGAAAAUGUAGAAAUUCGCCGUAAAACAAAAACGAGGCCUUUCUCUGCAGGUGUUAUCGAUAGUAAGAAGAAAGAGGACACGAAAGCGUCGCGAUUUGCAUCGGGCACGCCGAAAAAGAUUAAUAAUUUAAAACACGACCAGCUGUUGGAAGAGCUCAAGGAUACAAAUGAACGAGUGAAAAGUAUUGAGUUACUCAACGUACAACUAACUGAUGAUAAUAAAAUACUAAAGCAAAGGUUACAACAACUUGAGGAACAGAAGCAGCUAGCUGAGUUGAAAUCAGUGGAAUGUGAGAGAUUUGUUAAUAGACUGGCAAAGGAGUACCAUAACAAGGAGCAGGACUUUAAAACUGCCACGGAAAAUGAAAAACGUGUGCUUUCUGACCUUUAUAAGGAAAGGAAUGAAAGAAAGAAUCUCACCGUCCAACAUGAAAAAGAUGUUACAGUUAUUCAAGAUCUGCAAAGACAAGUUAAAGAAAUGGAGAUGAUUUUGAAAAGGAAACAUCCUGAUUCUGUUUCUGCACUCAUCGUAGCUUCGAAAGCAUCAAGUGUCGAGGAUAAUAAGAAAAAGCUUUUAGAAGAGCGAAUUCAACGGUUAGAACUAGAAUUGAAAGACAAGGAAAGUCAUUUUCAAAGCGUUUUACUUACUCUUCAAGAUAAAUUCGGUGAUAUGAAACAAAAGUACGAAUCUCAUAUCGUCGAUGUUGAAAGAAAGUUGAUGGAAGAGCGGAAGUUAAAUAAUGAAAUGAAAAAUAAGAUUAAUAAAUCGAAUUUACACGACGCUGCUGUCCAAACAGUGCCUAAAAAUCAUAACACAGUUGCGUCCCAAACAUUUAUAAAGCCCGACCGAGCUUCGUCGGCAGUUAGCCGACUGACCCAGAAUUCAACAUUGAUUUUUAACAAAUUGAAAGAGGACAGUUAUCUUAUAGCGACAAUAAAAGGCUUACAGACAGAGUUAACAGCUAAACAACGCACCAUUUUGAAAAUUAACAGGGAGACGGAAGAGUUGAAGAAGAAUUUAAGGAAUUUACAAAAGGAAAAAGAAAUUCUGCUAAACCUGAAUCCACAGAAGAAAACAAGUUGCAAACCAGCGAAGUCAGUUGAAAGUGUAAUGAUGCGAGUGACGAAUGAAAUCGAGGCCGAAUUGUUUGAGUGUCGGAAACAAAAGGACGCUUUGGUAGAGGAGAGAGCUGGAUUGUUAGCGUCGUUGAAACGAACCAACGAAGAUCUUAUUAUGCUUAAGAAGAAACGGAUACAAGAUCUCCAUACUCUACAAAUCGCACACGAAAAGGAACUGAUGCAAAUGAAUAUGCAGCUGUAUCCCUUGCAAGAAGAGAUCAAACUUUUAAAUCGCACCGUCGAAAUUCUGCAAGAGCGCUUGCGUUCCGCCGACGACAAACUGGUGAAGUACCAGGCUGGGUUAAAAGAUGAAAUGUAUGGAGGUGGCGAUAAUGGUGGCUCGAGGAGUACAGGCCGGUCUAUACCCGCCUCAAAGAAGAAUAGUAUUGAAAACGACCGCUAGGUUUUUAUCUCUUGGUUAUAGAACAUUUAUUGUAUCAGGUGUUAUUUUGCGGAUAUCCAUUAUUAUCCAAAUGUGAUUUUUAUUUAGUGUAACUUCCGCCAAGUUUUGUCUUUAAUCAAUUCGACACGUGUUUCGCCUCUACACGAGGCGAAAUCCUUAGGAGAAAUUGACUCGCCAAAUUGUGGCGCGAGACUAAUUGUGUAGAGCAAAGAGGAUGUAAAUACUGCGUAAUAAGAGGCGGAGAUAUGUAAAAAUUAAAAUUUAGUUUAGUAUGAAACAUGCAGUCAUUUGACAUAAGUUUGAAAUAGUAGUAGUAACAGUAUCGCGAUUGGCCACGAAGUAUAAUCCGGCUCAGUUUGAAAGGGAACAGUUGCUUAAAACUUGCCGAAAUCCACUACGAUUACUAUCUCCUAUUUUUACAAGAUUGUAUCUGUCACCUGUCAAUCUAUCAAUGACUGCACGUCUCAUACAAUCGAGUGAAUCGCUUUUUUCUUAGAGAGUUUCGCUAGGCUGUUGUAGAGGCGAAAUCUUUCUAAUUGAUUAAAGACAAAUCUUAGCGGAAUUUACACGCAAUAAAGAUUUGUUUUAUAUUGAUUAAAGAAUAAUUUAGCAGAUCGGAAACGUGACAACCUGAUGUUUAGUAGAAGCAACUGUUUGUUUAUGUUUGCUGCAUUUUGUGUGUAAAGAUAUGGUUAAAUGUAUUUACUUUAAAGAAACGCUAAAACGACUGAUACGAAAUGUGUUCAAAUGUGAUUUUUUUCUGUAUUGUGUGUCUGUGUUCUGUAUU